AGGGCCAGCAAAGCUCCAGGCUGUGCCCCGGUGGGCUUUGAGGGUCUCUAAGGAUCCUGCUGGAGUGAAUUUCACUAAUAGCAGAAUUUGUGGGGACAUAAAAAGAGGAUAUGGCAAAAUGCAUUCACUGGUUCUGGAACAAGCCUGGCUGGUCCUUUCUGUCCCUUGCCUCUGUUAAAACACCCCAGAAGGCCAGCUGCCUUUAGCAGAUUUUCAUGGGAAGUGGAUUUGUGUGAUUUAGGCAGCAGCUUUGCAAGCAGCAAGGACAGGAGAUUGCCGGUGUUUCUGAGUUCAAAAUCCCAAACACACACAUGCAGUUCUGUAAAGUGUUUUCCUCUGGUUAGAAAAGCAGUGGGGAUUUCAAACUUCUGGAAUUUGCACCUGAUCUUGCUCCGUGUGUGAGCUCAGACCGAGCCCCCUCAGGUGGAGGUGUUCCCACAGCUCCUGCUGCUGCUCACUGAUGGACUCACUGCAUGAACAGGAAUAAUUUUUUUUUUCUUUUUAGGUUAUUUUCAGCAGGUAAUUUUUUGAUCCAGCUCACCCCACAGCUCCACUGCCAGCUUUGAGAGAUGGUGGAAUUCCUGGAACAGGUGCGUGUGUGCAGGAAGCAGGAUGGAGAGGAGAUAGUACAGUGAGGCGCCGGCCCUGUGACAGAAUGGCUUUCCUGGACAACCCCACCAUUAUCCUGGCUCACAUCCGGCAGUCGCACGUGACCAGCGACGACACGGGGAUGUGCGAGAUGGUCCUGAUCGACCACGACGUGGACCUGGAGAAGUUCAACCCCUGCCCGGCGCUGGGGGACGGCGCCUCGGAGCCGCAGGGCAGCGCCGGCGAGGCCCAGGGCUACGUCUACUCCCAGUCCGUGGACAUCACCUCCAGCUGGGACUUUGGCAUCAGGAGGAGGUCGAACACAGCUCAGAGACUAGAACGUCUGCGGAAAGAGAGACAAAAUCAAAUAAAAUGCAAAAACGUUCAGUGGAAAGACAGAAAUACUUCUUGCUCAGCAGAGGAGCUGAGCUCACUGUUUGAAAAGAAGAAUUUUCGGGUGAAAUCCCCGUGUUCUGGGAAGCAGUCCAUCCUCUCUGUGCGACUGGAGCAGUGUCCACUGCAGCUCAACAACCCCUUCAAUGAGUACUCCAAAUUCGACGGCAAGGGCCACGUUGGUACAACGGCAACCAAAAAAAUCGAUGUCUACCUCCCACUGCACACAAGCCAGGACAAGCUGCAGCCCAUGACCGUGGUGACCAUCGCCAACGCCAAGGUGCACGACCUGAUCGGGCUCAUCUGCUGGCAAUAUACAAGUGAGGGCCGGGAACCCAAGCUGAACGACAACGUCAGCACCUACUGCCUGCACAUCGCCGAGGACGACGGCGAGGUGGACACGGACUUUCCCCCCCUGGACUCCAACGAGCCCAUUCACAAGUUUGGCUUCAGCACGCUGGCGCUGGUGGAGAAGUACUCGUCGCCGGGGCUGGCGGCCAAGCAGUCGCUCUUCGUGCGCAUAAAUGCUGCUCAUGGAUUCUCACUUAUUCAGGUGGACAGUAUGAAGGUCACCAUGAAGGAUAUCUUACAAAAGGCCUUAAAGAGAAGGAAGGGAUCACAGAGAGGCUCAGGUCCUCAGUAUCGGCUGGAGAAGCAGAGUGAACCUAAUGUCCCAGUAGAUUUAGACUGUACCUUGGAGAGCCAGAGCACUUUGGAAUUCUGCCUUGUCCGGGAGAACAGCUCCAGAGGAGAAGAGGUCUCGGAGGAGGAUCCCCAGAUCGACAUUGCCACGGUGCAGGACAUGCUCAGCAGCCACCACUACAAGUCCUUCAAAGUCAGCAUGAUCCACCGGCUGCGGUUCACCACGGACGUGCAGUUAGGUAUUUCUGGAGACAAGGUAGAGAUAGACCCUGUUACUAAUCAGAAGGCCAGCACUAAGUUUUGGAUUAAGCAGAAACCCAUUUCAAUCGAUUCUGAACUCCUCUGUGCCUGUGACCUUGCGGAAGAAAAAAGCCCAAGUCAUGCAAUAUUUAAACUUACAUAUCUAAGCAAUCAUGACUACAAACACCUUUACUUCGAAUCAGAUGCUGCUACUGUCAAUGAAAUUGUACUGAAGGUUAACUAUAUCCUAGAGUCGCGAGCGAGCACAGCCAGAGCAGAUUAUUUUGCUCAGAAACAAAGGAAACUGAGCAGGAGAACAAGCUUUAGCUUCCAGAAGGAGAAGAAGUCGGGCCAGCAGUGAGGCCGAGCCUCGAGGAGAGCCCACGAGCCGCGCCCGGGGCCACUGCGCCCGCCGGGGCCGGGGCUGCUGCGCUGCUGCUGCGCUGCUGCUGCUGCACUGCUGCUGCGCUGCUGCACUGCUGCUGCACUGCUGCACCGCUGCGGCGCGGCGGCCGGCCCGGAGUCUGAACUGCCCGUCUCUGCGGCUGGAAGAGCGUCCCUCCUCGGGACGGAGGUCUCCCCUGUGACAGAAAUAAAGAGCCAUAUCAGCCGGAAAGAAGACUGUUACGCUUCAGGUUCCUUUGAUUAGAAAUAAGAGAAUGACGUAGACUGGCAUCAUUUAAUUACUGUAUUAUGUACAAUCACGAGAAGAGAUGUGAUUACAUAUUAUUUCACAGCCUGGUUAAAAUAAAUUAUAUACAUCUGUAAUCCACCCACGUACACGCAGGUAUUGCUUGUGACAUGAUCAAAUUUCUAAAAACAAAAUGUAGGACAAAUGUAUCCAUUUUUGCUAUUAAUAAACAGAUGUAAUCUUUUUCAAGGUC